AUGAGUUAUCAAAUCGACGAGACUGGCUCCAAUGAAGGACGUGUUAAGAAAGUUAAAGCUGCAGAAGGCCAAAGAGCGCUGCAACCAACAGACUGUAAUGACGAGUCGGAAAAAACAGGAGCGGGCAAAAUCGUUGAGCGUGAAAAAAUCAGUGGAAAUGUCAAAGCAUGGUCCAACGAAAUUUAUCACACGAUUCAGGCAAUACUGUUGGCCUUUACUAUUUUGGUGCUGAGUUAUCAUGGUCUACGUUAUGGACCCAUUGAAUAUAGUCUCUUGGAAAAUGGUCAGAGCGUUCAUGGCAUGGUACCACCACGAAAAGCAGUGGUUACCCUCAGUCUCGGGUACUCGUUCACGUACUCGGUCAUUUCCUCUCUGGCUGCAUUCAUGCUUGUUUAUUCUCUAGUAUCGAUGAAACCUUAUUGGAGUCUACCCACGAUUGUUCUGUGUAUGGCUGAGGUUGUAUGGGAAGUUGGCGAUGCCAUUGUAGCUGUUUGGCUCUUGUUCACACGUCUCAGAUUCACCACUGCUCUCACAUACACCGCCGGUGCUGCAUUCGUUAUUAUGGGAGAACUAUGGUGCUGGCUCGGUGUAGUUCGCCUGUACGAGCUGAGAUCUUUCGAGUAGAAUUCACAAGAAUAUCAUUUCAGACUUCAGACAUUAAAAUCGAAUUUUUUGCAAAUAAAAUUCCGCAUCUAAAUUGAGAAUACAAUGGCAGUUUUAUCUUGAGAUAGUAGCAACGUUCGGCUAUGACCUGUGAACCCCCUCCGGAAAUAUCACUGGGCAUGUAAAACGAUGGGAGAUAUUCCAAGAUAUAUUGUUGAGAAUUUCCACUCCGAUGCAUUUCUCUCUUCUAAAAUAUCCAAUAACGACGAUAUAUUCAAUAAUGCAUGUAUCCAUCAUACAAAAGGAUUCAAUAGUCACUUACCCAGCGCAGAAAGAGUUAUAAGCAUCUCUCAUACAUUUCUUUUCAUCCCGGGAUUCUGCAGCCAAUUUUUUUAAAAUUACCUCGAAGAAAGCGUGACAAGGAACAGGCGACACUUGGAGACUUCCA